AUGAAUACCUCAUCGACGCUUAACAUCGCUCUCACUUCUGCUAUUGCCCUCGGUUUUGCUGGCAUCACGUACGUGGUUUUAAGGAAAAGUUUGAAACAAAAGGCAUCACAUGUUGCGCCAGAUAACCUCAAUAUUAAUUUAAUAACAUCCGAAGAAGACAGUGAGGAUGCUGUGAAUGAAUUGCGGCGGCGCAGUGCUCGGUACCACGCCAUUGGCUUUGACUGCGAGUGGGUGAGCGACCAGGGAAAGAAACAUCCCGUAGCUCUGCUGCAGCUCUCCACCAAUGAUGGCUACUGUGCACUCUUCAGGCUUUCUCACCUGAAGUCUAUUCCUAAUUGUUUAAAGGAUCUCUUAGAAGAUGGGGACAUAUACAAAGUGGGCGUGUCUCCCGGGAAUGAUGUAAAGUAUCUGGCAAAGGACUACUCUGUUUACACGAAGUCUACACUGGAUAUCAGACAUCUCGCGGAGCUCUGUAAUUACGAACCCGGCGGCUUGGGCUCCUUGUCUAAAGCUUUGCUGGGCAUCGAACUAGAUAAAAGUUGGAGGAUCAGAUGCAGUGACUGGGAAGCUGAGGAGCUAACGGAGCGGCAGAUUACAUAUGCAGCUUUAGACGCCCACGUCGCUUUAAAAAUAUUUGUGAAACUUGUAAAUGAUUAUAAUAAAACACCACAAUUUUCCCCAUCGAGAAGAAAUAGUACUGAACACUGGAAUAAUAUAUCACAGUUUUGUUCAAAAUAUUUAGACAUUGGGUACAAAACAAAGAACAAAGCCAAGAAUGAUAAAGAGUGUAAAGAGAAGAAAUCAAAAGGAACAAAAGAAGUGGUCAGCAAGAGGUAUACGCACGCAACUCGCUCCAAGCCCUUGUAUCACAACUGUUUACUUACAGCGCCCGAUGGCGAAUUGCUUAGUACUUGUGAUGAUAAAAAAGCAAAAUGGUACGUGGAGAACGAGCUGGCAGACACGGUGUGCGCCGAGCCGCUGACGGUGCGGCUUCGCUUCGAGCCGGCGGGGCGCUCCGUGGGCGCCGCGGGGCGCUACUACCAGCUCAGCAAGGAGAACAGGUGCGUGGUCUGCGGCGCCGGCCACUCCUUCAUCAGGAAGAACGUCGUGCCUCGCGAGUAUCGCAAGCACUUCCCCGAGGUGAUGAAGGAGCACUCGUCGCACGACGUGCUGCUGCUGUGCGCGGCGUGCCACCAGCGCAGCAACGCGCGCGACCAGCCCGUCCGCGAGCGCCUCGCCGCCCGCUGCGGCGCGCCCCUGGCGCCCCUCGCGCAUGCGCGCACCUCCGAGGACGCGGCCUGCAGGAAUAUCCGCUCCGCCGCCCGCGCGCUGCUGCACGGCUCGAGGAAGCACGUGCUGCCGGAGGCGCGUCGAAGGAAGCUGGAGUCUGUUGUACUGCAGCACUACUUGCAGCACGACGAGAUCACGACCGAGUUGCUGGAGGAGGCGGCCAAUAUUCAAGUCGCUUUCGAGAACGACGACUACGAGUCGCACGGCUCCAAGGUGGUGGAGCACUACCGCCGGCACGACGGCCUGCUGCGGCUGGAGCAGGAGUGGCGCGAGCACUUCCUGGAGUCCAUGCGGCCGCAACACCUGCCCGCACUGUGGUCCGUGACGCACACCGCGGAGAGAUUACAAGUACGUCAGAACGAAGGGAGGUUAUCGGAGGAUGACUUAAAAUUGUUAGCUAUGUAAAUAAUUGACGUCUCUCUAAUGUAACAAAAUUUGUUGUAAAUCCUU